GAAGGGAGUGGCGCGGUGCCGCGCCGCGCCCGAUGUGCGUCGCUGAAAUGAGUCCGGCUGCCCAUGACAGGACCAAGGGCAGCCGGGGCGGCGGCCGGCUGUAGGCGCUCGGCUGCCGUAAUGACGCGUAUAGCAGUGCUGGUGUGUGCUUCAGAGUGACACCUCGCAGCCGCGCAUGACGACGUGGACCAUUUAAUGUUUACACCGGGGCGCCGGCAGGUGCUGGCUGCUCGCUCGGGCGCUUCGGUACGCGACCCUCCGCGGAACCCCCUGCGCGUAGGCCUUAGGGGCGCGGGGGCGGUGAGGAGGGUCGGGAGCGGCCGUUAGGCGCAGGCGCGCGGCGGGAGGGCGGUUGGGGCGCGCGGGGCGCUGGCGGGGGGGCGGCGCGGCGCGCGCGCGGCGGGGCAGGCGCCCGUCCCAGCGGGUGCUGCUGCUGUUGUGAGACGGGGCGGCGGGGAGAGCAUGGGGCCGGCAGACCUGGUGCAGAAGAUCAGUAUUAGCGCUGAGAGCCCCCGGGGAACCGAGAGGAACGACGCCGGCGCCGCCCUGGCGGGCGCUGAGAGGGUUUCCCCCGGCACCUGGAGGCAGAAGUGUGCGGCCUACGUGCUGGCGCUCAGACCUUGGAGUUUCAGCGCCUCCCUCACCCCCGUGGCCCUCGGCAGCGCUCUGGCGUACCGGGCUGAGGGAGCGCUAAACCCAGGGCUGUUGGUGGGAAGCGCGGUGACCGUCCUGGCUGUACACGGAGCCGGUAACUUGGUGAAUACCUACUACGACUUCUCCAAAGGCAUCGACCACAAGAAGAGUGACGACAGGACUUUGGUGGACCAGAUUUUGGAGCCUCAGGACGUAGUCCGGUUUGGAGUCUUCCUCUAUACUGUGGGCUGUAUCUGUGCUGCUGGGCUCUACACUGUCUCAACGCUCAAGCUGGAGCACCUGGCCCUGAUCUACUUCGGAGGACUUUCCAGCUCCUUCCUUUAUACUGGAGGAAUUGGAUUUAAAUAUGUUGCACUUGGAGACGUGGUGAUCCUGAUCACCUUUGGGCCCCUGGCUGUCAUGUUUGCCCAUGCUGUGCAGGUUGGUUAUCUGUCUGUCUCACCACUGCUCUACGCUAUCCCACUAGCUCUCAGUACUGAGGCCAUCCUGCACAGCAACAACACACGAGACAUGGAGUCUGACCGGCAGGCGGGUAUUGUCACCUUGGCUAUCCUCAUCGGCCCUGCGUUCUCCUAUAUUCUCUACACCGUGCUGCUCUUCUUGCCCUACCUGAUUUUCUGUGUGCUGGCCACACGCUAUACCAUCAGCAUGGCAUUGCCACUACUCACCAUCCCGAUGGCAUUUUCACUGGAAAGGCAGUUUCGGAGUCAGAGCUUCAACAAAAUUCCUCAGCGGACAGCCAAACUCAAUCUCCUCUUGGGGCUUUUCUAUGUUUUUGGUAUUACACUAGCACCAGCCGGUGCUCUGCCCAAACUGUAACAAGAGCAGUAGAGUCAGGCCUCACAAUUCAGUAUUAAUGCUGAUUAACAGUGGAUGAUGCGGGUAGAUGACCCAUUAUGGACAGUGGGAAGAACGGAGAGACUGUCUUGAGCUGUUGGUUGUCUGUGAAUUUUAUAAUCUCUGGUGUUGGUUAGCUUGUACAACAGGCUUUAAAAAAGUGAUUUGUUAGUUCUUCGGAAGGGGUGAACUGUGCAGCUUUCCUUCAGGGGAGCAAGGUGACGUGAGGAUAAGGAAACGUUUAAAGAAACUCAUCCUUCUGCCACUGAGUUCUUUCACUGUCAACUCAAUGAAAGUAAGAUUCAGCCUCAAAUACAAACUCUCUGUUCCCUUCACAAGCACCGUGAUUGCUCUUAUGACUCCUUUUCUUACCAUGGUUGAGGAGUCCGGUGGCUCCUGUGUGGUAAACAGAAAACACUGCCAAAUGUUUAGCAUCACAGCAAUGUAGGUGCUAGUACUUUCACUCCCUUGUGAGCAUAGUUCAUCUUCAUCUGCUGUAUGUUUUAAUUUUUGUUGGGUUUUUUCCCUAGCCAAAUUUUGAGCUUUUAUUUCCAAACCCCCUGAAAUGCACUAGAUACUAAUUCAUUAACUGUUGCUUCUGCUUGGUCCUUAUAGUCUAGAAAUUUCAAAGUUACGUAUCUCUGUGGGAUGUUGGUGCUAAAAUGGAGCACAAAUAGCCCACUGCACAAACUUUAAGCCAAACCCAGUAAAUUUAUAUUCCGCUAUGAAAGCUGAAGCUAUAAAUGCAAGUCAUGCAACUGAAAAGCCCUCAAUGCGUAGGAAAACAAGUGGUUUCCAUUUUUGCAUUUGCUUAGAACUUACUCUCUGCAAUGGCAGUCUUGGAGUUAAAGGGGAGCUGACAGAGUGCCAGAUUUGUCUGGCUGGACACGAGUGGAAGAACAAAUUCUUAGUUUAAAAAAUUUUUUUUUCAAUUGUCAUUUUCUGUUUAUUUAGAGGCCUGGAGUAUUAUAGCCAAAUGUCAUAUUUCAAGAAGCCUAAAAAGAAUCCCAGAUGAGCAAAAGAGAGAGAUACAGAGUUAGAAGAAAGAAAUCAGGAUUAUUGCACUGGCUCUGCAUAAAAAUUAGGGCUGGAAACAGGAAGAAAACAUUUUUAUAAACAAGAUUUUUUCUAAUAGAGUCCAGAGUUUGUGUGACUGAAUCACAUUUAAAUGUUAAGUUAGCUCUGAAGUGAAGUUCCCCACCUCUUUUCCCCCCGCUACACCUCAUGGUGUUGUUUUGUUUUCUCCUGCAGAUCUUGCCCCUUGAUAUUCAUGUAGCCGUUUGGAGAACUGAUUGUUUAAUUAUGUAGCAGUGUGGAAAAACAUGCCAAACACAACUGGGAAAAAGUGUGACUUCCACUGCAAAGAUGAAUUUGAUCCAUACUAUGUUGCUCAGUGGCAACUGAAUUCUCUUCUGUGUUGAAGAAAAAGUAUUCAUUUUGUGUGUGCAGGGUUUUGGUGAGAAGUUUGUUUACAGGAGUUGUGGAAACCUUCAGGGGAAUUGGUAACAGGUGUUGAACUAGAGCUGCUGGUGCCUGGAGGACAACCUUGCUUUUGAACCACAUGGGAGUGUGCUAACCACUAUAUGAAGGGCUUUUAAAUGUGAGCAAUAAACUAGCAAUAAACUAGCAUGGUGUUACCCUGCAUCUGUCAUAGGUAAGUUAUGCCCUUGUGGUGCUCAUCUGAAAGUGCUGAGUGUUAUAUUGGUGGAUAGUACUGACAGUAGUAAAGCUGAGUUGAUGUUACAAGAUUACAUGGUAUAGCUAUUUAAGUGACUGUUUUGAUGGCUUCAUGUUAUCCAGUGUUACCCAGCUGUUGGUCUCCUGCUUUACAGCUGAGCUGUAGUCAAUGGGAAGGAUUCUUUGCAGGUGUAUUUUAUGAGCCACAGUUUCAUCUUCUAUUAAAAUUGGGCAAAUGAUCUUUCUAAUCUGACUAGGCACAAGACAAGAGGAGACGGACAACUACAAAAUAUUCGUUUAGAUUAGAAACAUGAGGAGAAAAUGCAAAAGUUGAGCUCAGCCAGAUGGAGGGAGAUAUCCAGAAGGUUUUGGAAACUGUUUUCAAUACAUACACAACACAGUAUCUAUUGUUACUUCUUUGUGGACCUACAGAAUAAAGAAGAGCCUGACUCUGAGACCCACUUCACUUUCUACAAAGCAAAAGCUUUUCUAGGGAUAUGGACUGAGCUGGUGAAUCUGUUAACCUUGCAAUUGGGGAUAUGUGGGUUUAUUAGGUUAAUCCCAGCAUGGCUUUGUUGCUACCCUAUGUAGCAGCUGCGUGCUUUAUUUUAUGGUAGCUUGUUUUUCUAUAGCUAUCAGUUUAAAAGAAUGGAUAGUUAUCUUUUUCUACUCCUUUUACAUAAACUAGAGUACUCAAGCUAAAUUCCUUAAAGUAACUAAUACUUGGCUCAUAUCUUUCAUAACUGUAAUUGUGACGGUGAAAAGAUCUAGGAUAUGAUCAUUGGUGGAGCAGUGUAGGUAGCUCCAGUUGUAUCUAGGCCACCCUUUACUAGCAGGGAAAGGCCCCCUGUGUAGGAUGUCUGCUUACUGCUGAAAGGACGAGUGCUUUUUGUUACAGAGAUGAAGGAAUAGCUCACUAAUACAUGUAUAUGUUUGUGGAACACUUUUCAAGGUGGGGGUGGUUCAAAGCAUUUUAAUAGUAAGAGUAAGACGAAAAUUCAUUAAUUCCUUACUAGCAGAUGCUGGUUGCCUCCAAUUCCCUGUCUGUGAAAAACAAUAUCAUUCCAGGUUCUUAAGGAUAUUAAUAAUAAAUAACACAUUCUUCACCAUGGCUUUGAGGAAGUCAUUUAAGUUCUCCGUGUCUCGGAAAGCAGUUAAUAUUUGCCUACCUCACAGGGAUGCUGAGCCGACAUCAUUGUCAUAGAGAGCUUUGAAAGUAAAGUGCUUUAUCUCUGUGUACUUUCCAAAAAGCAUGUUAGUACUAGAAAACAUUUUAGGUAUGAACUAAUCUUACAGGUGACAACCAAUGUAAGUAGACCAAAAUAAUCUCCACAUAGACAUUGAGUGGUAAGAGAGGUUCCUUUAUUGGUUUGUUUUGUGAUGAGGAUGCUGGGUCUCUUUCCCUACCCCUCUCUUCCCUUUCCCAUGCUACUUUCCCUGAGUAUAAACUUUUUAAACUUCUUUCAGGUCUCACUUGAUGAGCUGUGUUGCAGUGUGAGUCUACACUGGUAGAUGAACGGAUCUGUAGCCCAUCUGUAAAUGUGUCCUAAAGCACCUCUUGGCCUUUCUUCUUAUCCAAUAAAGUGUUUGAAUGUUAUUCUGUUAA